AUGGAUGACAACGGAAAUUUCGCCGCUGACGGCGGCCCUCAUGGAACAUCAGACGAUGACAACGGGCUUCCCCAAUCCAGUGGUCGUUCCGCGAAAAACCAGAUCGAUCGAGGCUUGGAAUCUGUUUCCGAAAAUGAAGCUGCACAUGGCAGUGCGCCAUCGGAAUAUCCUGGCAGCAGCCAUAGCCACACAAUGAGGCGCAUGGAAGAAGAUGUUAUUGCCAAGCAGAGAGCAGCUGCUGGUCGCUCACCAGCUGGAGCCAACCCCGUGAGACCGGGAGCUGUACCCGUCGCAGGUGGAGGAGAACGAGGUGUUGGCAGUGGCAACCUGAGCAAUUUGGAGCAAGAUUUGCUAGCGAAACAGCGCGGAGCUACGCCCAUGGUUUCCAGGCCUGGAGCCGUGGCAGUUUCAAGAGGCCAUCAAGGAGAAGGCAAUAUUAACCAGAUGGAGCAAGAUAUCUUGGCAAAACAAAGAGGAGCUGCACCUCAAAUUCAACAAUCUAGGCCUGGAGUAGUAGCUGUUCGAGGCGGCGGAGAGAUGAGUCAAGCGGAGCAGGACAUUAUGGCAAAACAAAGAGGAACUUCAUCCCGAUCCGUGAUGUCUAGACCUGGUGCCGUAUCAGUUGGACCAGGGGCUUCAAAUGAAGUCGGUGGAAGUGGCCAAAUGAAUCAGAUGGAGCAAGAUAUUUUGGCAAAGAAACGAGGAGCAUCAUCUCAUUCCUUGAUGUCUACUAGGCCAGGUGCCAUGGCAGUUUCAGGAGAGCCGGGCACACCUGCUGGAGGGCAAAUGAGUCAAAUGGAGAGGGACAUUCUGGCUAAGCGAGAGGGCGCUUCCUCUAGAUCCUUGAUGUCCAGACCUGGUGCUGUAUCUGUGCCAGCGAAUGCAAGUGCAACUACGGGCCAACACCAGAUGACUCAGAUGGAGAAGGACAUCUACGCAAAGCAGCAGGGAGCCUCCUCGCGUUCACAGAUGUCCAGGCCCGGUGCCAUGGCUGUGCCAGGAACCAGUCUACACAGUGGCAGCAGUGGAGGGUUGAGCCAGAUGGAGCAAGACAUAAUGGCAAAGCAAGAGCAGCUGGGCCUAGGACUUGGGUUCCCCCAGCCAGGAGCAUGGCGUAACGGACAAAGCAUGCACAGUACGGCCAGUGGCAGUGGAGGCUUGAGCCGGAUGGAGCAAGACAUAAUGGCAAAGCAACGAGAGCUGGGCCUAGGAAAUGGGUUCGCCCAGCAGGAGCCAUGGCUGUAA